AUGUACGACAGCGACUUUGUCGCCUCAGACCUGACGCAGGCGAUCGUCCUAGCAGGAGUGCGUCAUGAUGAGACCCUGCAGACUUUCGAGGAAGGCCCCAAGAGACGCUCACGUUGGUCGGAGUGCAAAGUAGCCAAGCGCGGCAAGCGAUGGGGCCUCCCGGACGAUAAGCCAUACAAGCCGCUGUGCUACGUGGAUUUGCCCAUGGGUCUCACGGAGAAGGAGAUCGACCAGUUUUUGCGCGAGCAGCGGCUCGAGGACCUCCACCGCAAGAUCCAGGCCCACGAGCUCGAGGACAUGGACCCCGACAUUCGCGCUCCCUCACCACCUCCAGUCUACGAUAAGGCAGGGAAUCGUUUGAAUACCAGGGACAUGCGCAUCAGGAAGGCCAUGACAGCCGAGUACAAUCGUCUCAUUAGGUACAUGAUCAAGCACGUCGACGGCUACCUGCCACCCGUGGAUUGGAAGCCGGCCAAGCUGCUGAAGAAGAUCAUCAUCCCCAUCGAGAAGUUCCCUCAGGCACCGUUCAUGGGAGUCAUCAUCGGGCCACGCGGCGUCAACCACAAGCGGCUCCAGGAGACUACGGGGUGCAAGAUCUUCAUCCGCGGCCGAGACAUCGGCGACAAGUGGCAGAGUGACGAGGAGGCAGCCAUGCCCCAGCACGUGCACAUCGAGGGGGACACCGAGGAGCAGAUCCUGUCCGCGGAGCGGCUCAUCGAGCCCCUGCUGAACCCGGAGAGCCCGGAGUUCGAGUACGCCAGGACACACGGCAUGCAGCAGCUCGCGAUGGUGAACGGGUUCACCCUCAACAAGGCAGAGCAGAGAUGCGGCAUUUGCGGCGCCCUCGGUCACUUGGGCUUCGAGUGCCCAGAGACCAACAAUCAGAACUACAAGAUGGCGAACGUGGUCUGCACUAUCUGUGGCGACAAGGGUCACGUGGCAUCUGACUGUAAGAAGACAGCGGAGGCAAACAAGGCACAGAACGUAGAUUGGAAGGCCAUGGCCGAGAAGAAGGCGCAGAUGGACAAGGACUACGGCGACAUGAUGAGCGAUCUUAGUGGAGGACAGCCGUCUGGAGCGGCACCUGGAGCUGGUGCGAGUGCCAUGGUGCCCACAUCCAUGCCCGGCGCAGUUGCUGCUGGCGGCGGUGCAGUGGAUAAGAGCAUCUUGUGUCCUGGUAGCUUGAUCGGAAAGUUGAUAGGACCUGGCGGAGCGACGAUCAAGAAGCUCGCGACGGACAGCGGCGCGCAGAUCAAUCUGGACACUGUGGCGCAGCCUGGGGGGGCCAAGACCAUCAUCAUCACGGCCGCCGAUCCAGUGGCGAGGGAGAGGGCCAAGAUGCACGUGCAGAUGUGGAUCAAGGAGAACCAGGGCGGCGCCCCCCCGUCUUUCGCGCCGCAGGGCAACCCAGGGGCGCAGAUGCAGCCCCCUGGCCUGCGGCCUGUUGGGCCCCUCGGCGCCGGAGGCCUGGCGGGCAACCCGGGCAUGGGCAUGGCGGCCGGCGCCAUGCCGAAGCCAGGAGGCAUGCCGAACAUGCCCGCGGGCAUGCGGCCACCCAUGGGCCCGGGCGGCCAGUUUGGGAACAUCAGGCCAGGGGGCAUGCCCAACAUGGGCUCCAUGGGGCCCCCGGGCGGCGUCCCGAACAUGAUGAACCAGCCCGGGGGCCAGGCGGCAGGCGGCAUGCAGCCGAAGAUGGGAAUGAUGCAGCCAGGCAUCCGACCGCCGGGGCAGUACGGCGGCAACCAGGGGCAGUACGGCGGCAACCAGGGAUACUAG